AGCACGUACAUUCUAAACAUACGUGUCAAAAAGACGGAAAAGAACACAGGCAAGAGCAACAGUCGAAAGUGAGUUCGCCAAGGCCUUGACGGUGUGAUAUUUACGCUCAUCGCAAGCUGUCCUCAUCUUAACUGGGCUACAUUUGCAGCUGAAGGGAAGCCAAAAUGAACGUGUUUGACCGCAACAUCGACUUUGAUGCUCUUUUUAAAUUUUCUCAAAUUUCUCGCUCCACACAGCAGCACCUGAAGAAGGUCUACUCAUGCCUGGCUGUGUGCAUGUUCGUGGCAGCAGCUGGAUCCUAUGUGCAUGUCGUCACCAGGGUCUUCCAGGCCGGCAUCCUGUCCAUGCUGGGAUCGCUUGGCAUGAUUGGCUGGCUGGCCAUGACUCCCCACGCUCCACAGACUGAGCAGAAGAGACUGGCCAUCUUGGCUGGCUUUGCUUUCUUCACAGGAGUUGGUCUUGGUCCGAGCUUGGAUUUCGUCAUCGCCAUUAACCCAAGCAUCAUUGUAACAGCGUUCCUGGGCACCUCCAUCAUCUUCCUGUGCUUCACCAUGAGUGCUCUGUAUGCCCAGCGCAGGAGCUACCUGUUCCUGGGAGGGACUCUGAUGUCCGGCCUCUCCAUCCUCAUGCUCGUGUCCUUGGUCAACAUUUUCAUUGGCUCUGUCAUGAUCUUCAAGGCCCAUAUGUACCUCGGUCUGGCCAUCAUGUGUGGAUUCGUGCUGUUUGACACUCAGCUCAUCAUCGAGAAAGCUGAGAUGGGAGACAAGGAUUACGUCUGGCACUGUGUGGACCUGUUCCUGGACUUUGUCACCAUCUUCAGGAAGCUGAUGGUCCUUCUGGCCAUGAAUGAGAAGGACAACAAGAAGAAGGAGAAGAAGUAAACAUGACUGGUGUUUACUGGCCAAUAAAUGCACACCUGUGGGCUAACCGCACCAGAGGAGUCUACUGGUGUUCUUACUUAACUGCUUCAUUCAGUUUCAUUCUUCUCAAUUACUUAUAGUGUCUUAUUUUUAUUUUUUUUUAUUUUUUGGUUUCAUUGAUAGGAUUUGAGUUUCGGCUUUGGACUAAGGUUGGUAACUUAGAUGUGACAUGUAAAGGUCCCUGUGUUAUAGCAAUUUUAAGUUGUUUCUGAAGGGAUGGUGUAAAUUAUGUGAACUAAAGUGAGAAUAUUCCAUAAUCUUAUAUAUUAUUUCCCACCCUUGGAGGAGUUUUGUUUUAUGAGACUUAAGAGGGGAAAAGAAAAUGGAACAAUUUUGCUCUUACAUCCUUUGACCCUUUUCGUGAACAGGAUGUUUAUUCCUAAAAUGAAGAACGUAAACCUCUUUUCUAUAACAUGGCUUUGAAACCAACACCUUAAUCAGUUAACAGAACUGUAUGUAGUGGAGAAAAAUACACCUGUAAACAUUGAGAGCUUGUCAUAUAUUGGCAUGUCUUUCUCCAUGCAACCAUAUCAGUCCAGUGCGUGUGUCUCAGAGAAAACUAAUAACACUGAUAUUAACCCUAUAUUUCUCUGUGCUAUUUAUACCAUCGUAAUUUACUCAUGAGACAGGUUUUUCAGCAAUUCAUGUUUUAAGUUUAAAGAUCAGUCCACAAUCCAUGCAUUUGCCUGUCCAAUUAAAAUUUUGUAAACUUUCCAAACUUGCCACCUGUCGGCAUCUAUCGCAUUCAUUAAGGAAAAAAAGUUUUAUUUGAAGAAGUCAAAAUUCUCUUGUGCUCUUCAUCUGUCCCCUUACAAAAUCAUUACUUCCCCUCAGUCCCAAACAAAGCCUCAAUUUAUACAAAUGAUAUGUGAAGACGAUGUUGAAUACCUAUGAUUGCGAAAACAUUGGAUCUUCCACUUUGCUUAACAUUAAUCUUUUUCUUUUUCUUUUGUUUUUUGGUUGACUUUAUGUCUGUGGUUGUGAAGAUUUCCAUUGGUGCACGAUGCUGUUGAGAAAGUGAUGUAUAUGAAAUGAAAUCUUUUGUUUUUGAAAAGUGUAAUGUAUAUUUUUUCAGAUGUUUAUUUUGCUGUGCUUCUAUGUAUUUAGAUAUUAAUUUCUACUGAUUUAGAUCACGUGGCAAGGAAAUGAUCAUUAAUUAAUUCUGUAGUGAUGCAUUGAGUUUGUGUUCUCGCUUUAUAUAAAAAAAACAUCCCCCAGAUUUAUUUUUCCAGCCUAAAAUGUCAUGCACAUUUAAUCUCCAAGGAUAAGAUCGCAAAGGUUCCCUGGUAUCAAAUCCACCCCAAACUAGAACCAUUUUUGGACAGUUUGCUGUUUUCAUGAUUUUUCCCUUUAGGAAAGGUGAAGGAUACGUCUUCUUGAUCUGUAAAUUAAAAACAAGUGAUGCAGUAGAUUGUUUUGAGACUUGUCCAAUCCUCACUGCACGUCUUGUCACUGAGGUACCAAGGUGUCGGAAUGAGCCCUCAGCCCACAACGUAUAUUUCUAGCCAUUUCCAUCUUUCUGGUUGUAAAACAGACCUACAAGACAUUUUUGAUACCAGCCCAGUUUUCACAAACCAGUGCAAAAUCAAUGAUUGUGUCAUUUAAAAGAAAAAAAAUCAUUUAUUUUCAUAGAAAGUGCCAAGUACAAAACAAGUUUACUGAUCCAUCUGCAAAGUACUAAUUUACUGUAGAAUCAACCUUUAGACAACAAUGCCUAUCUUAUACUGUGAAGAUAAUCUUUAUUUGCUUUUCCAGGGAUUGCUGUUGUAACUCAGCUAAAUUAAUGUAAGAUUUAAAAAUUUGUUAAAGUAAACUUUGAUUACAUGAA